CACUCCGGCAACUCUUCACUCCGGCAACUCUUCACUCCGGCAACCCUUCACUCCGGCAGUCCUUCACUCCUUCUCCUUUAACUAUCCUCUUGACCAUUCAGCUGACCUCCUCUUCACAUUUCCAAAACCGGAUCUUUAUUCAACAGCCAUGACAUUCCCUUUGUUGGCUGGCUCGCGGAUGCGAGACAUCCUCUCAGCUGUCGGCAAGACCACCACUAAAGCAGGACCCUGCCUACUCAGGAACGACCUGAGGAGUUCGCUCCGACUUCCACACACAACUAGCCCCUAUCGGUUCGUAUCUCUCUCAACUCUCACAGACCGCUCUGCACUGGUCCAGGAUCAGGCCUUGUCGGAAUAUCAGCAACCACAUGCAGCAACGUCCGCUACCGACUUGGAGCAUGUUGAUAGCAACGAUGGUGAUGCGACCAGCACAAACAACAUUCGGGUCGAGUCCGAAGUGGAAUCAACGGGGACCACAGCACCAGGGGAAAUCAGUGCCCCAUCAUUAGCGGACUCUAGCUACAAUACCAAGUACAGGAAGCCAACGUUCACACCUGAGAUCGAUGCAGAAAUCCUUCGGCGCCGUGAACUGGGUCUGUCCUGGACCGCGAUCGGAUCUGCGCUUGGUCUGCCACAUCGUAGCUGUAAUCGCCGAUAUAUUACAGUGCUCAAUCCAUUGCUGUACGAACACUGGCCAGAGCACAAGAGUCAAAUCUUGGAUGAUAUGGUCGCACAGGGCAAGUCAUGGGCCGAAAUUGCGCAAGCCCUGGGCACCACCAGUACAAACUGCCAGGCCAAAUGGAAGAACUUGGUCAGACCCAAGGAUCAGGGCCGGAAUCGACAGUUCGAUAUGCUUCAGUCAAAGGUACUCUUGAAGGUUGUUGGGAAGGUUGGCGAGGAUGAUUGGAAGGCGGUCUUACGGGAGUUUAUGACGCAACUUGGAGGACGUGACAUGCCGAAGGUCUCGGCAGAGCAGCUGAGGCAUCAAUACUACCGGCUCCAACGACGAUCGACUCAAGUCUGGACACUCAACGAGGAAACGGCGCUAAUUCAACACGUUCUCAAGCACGGCACCAGCCAAUGGGAGGUGAUCUCGGAGGCGCUCAAGUUUCACUCACCAGAGCAAUGCAAGGAAAAGUGGACUACGCUUGACAUGAAAACCAGACCAUUCAAGGAGAAAGCCUGGUACAAGGGCGAGCGGAGCAACUUUUGGCGGCUUUGGCAGAGAUACGGUACGGAUUGGGCCAAGAUUUCUGGCUUUAUGUCGAGGCGAUCACCGGAGCAAUGCGAGAGAUUUUUCAAGACUUUGACUGCAGGGUUCAACGAGGAAGACAAGGACGAAUUUGAUCGCAAGGUUAAGGAACUUGCCGACAGCUACAGUCAAUAUACUCAGUUUGUUUGGAAGAAGGAGGACUCGGACCGGCUUUGGGAUGUCGCAGAGCAAGUCAGGUCCGAGGGCAAGGAUAGUCGGAUCGAGUGGGAAAAAGUAGCCGAGCGGAUGGGCCUGAAACUGACGCCUGUGCAGUAUAAGCAUCACCAUUAUUAUCUGAAGACGAUCCGGAAAACUGGACUCGCCGGUAAAUGGAGCGAUGAAGAGAUCAGGACACUGGAAAGAGCUGUUCGAGAGGUUGGACGCGACUGGGCUUUGAUCUGCCAAGACUAUCUACCGCACCGUAAUCCCAAGGCUAUCUGCCACAAGUUCACCACGAUCAAACACAAGGGCUCGCAUAUCUCUCCCGAGGAAUACGAAACCCUGAUGUCCAAGAUCGAUCUCCAGGAGGAAGCGUCCAAACACGAACAAGGUGAUGGCGCAUCAGGAGCCAAGGCAUUUGUCCCUGAUUGGAACGCGAUUGCGCGCUCGAUGCCGGGCGGUACUUGGACAGCGGAUCAGUGUCGGGAUGCGUACGAGUCCUCAUUUAGGAACCACCUCCGGAAGUCUGUAUGGACACCUAAACAGGACAGUGCGCUCCUGGAAGCCACUAAGAUCUUUGGACGAAAGAAUUGGAUCAAGGUCGCAGAGAGAAUACCAGAAAAAGAUACAUGGGAAUGUCGACUGCGUUGGUCGGAGCUGCACGAGACAAUUGUGGAGAACAAGGAGUUGGCAGCUAUUCAGGCCAAGACCAUAAGAUCCCAUCCACACAUGGCCAACUAUGCUUCAUGACGUACUAUAGUUGCAUCUAAUAAAUGGAUCGAGUGAAACUACCGCCGAAUAAAGGAAAUUGGAGUGCAUACUGGUCAUAC